AUGGAAGAACCAGUGUUUGGUAAAUCACCAUCUUUGUGCCACACUCCAAAGGAUUCUGGGACAGCAGCUCCGCAGGGGGCUAGUUCAGGGAAACAGCCCAUGAGUGCAGCUCUGAAGGAGCGAUUAAGGAGAACAAGACGUUCGUUUAAUGCUAGUUUUACCGUGGCAAAGCGGCUCAAAAUAGACGCUGAGGAAGAAGGCUGUGCUGGUUCUGACAAAGAGUGCCUGCCAAAGACAAGUACAGAUUGUUCUGGAUUACAAGAUGGUUCUGAAAACCUGGAAAGAAGUGGCACUGAACACAUAGGUUUCAAAAGUCCCUUAGGGGAGAGUGGUCUGUGUGGAUCAGCAGAGAAUUCUGGUGUGCUACAGGCUGGUCUUGUUCAGCAACAGUCCCUGGAAGAAAAAGUAAGGCUGGUGAAACAAGUGCAGGAGAAGGAAGAACUGCUUCGAAGGCUCAAACUGGUUAAGAUGUAUCGCUCUAAGAACAACCUAUCUGAACUGCAGGCCUUGAUAGUGAAGUGGAGAAGUAGUACCCAGCUCAUGCUCUAUGAACUGCAGUUGGCUUUUUCUGCAGAUGGCAAGAAAGUGAGUCUCACUCAGCUGAUAGAUACUUUUGGGUUGGAAGACCAGCUGUUGCACUACAGCAGAACAGAAGAAGAUUUUGUUGAUGCAUAA